AUGAGCUACACACCUUCUGCUGGCUCUGGACGAAACGGCCAGCUCACUGUCUAUGGCGAUACACAGGAGUCUCGUAACAGUCGACGUCGAGCAAUCUUUAAAGAGCGAUACGAUCGGCUCACCCUGACGGAAGGUCGUUGGGGCAGUGAAGUGGAGCGAAUGAUGUGGGUUGCUGGAGCUACGGAAGAAUCAGUGCGUACGUUGGAAGACCAGGACCACCAAUUUGAAGAGGAAGAUCGGAUUGCUGCUCAGGAAGUCGACGAACUUGUCAUUGAACGAGAUGUGUUGAUGAGCAACAAUACCAAUGAGUUCACUGAAGACCCCGAGUCCCAGGAUGACCGUCGAGCACAUAUCUUAUCGCGUUUUGACAAGGGGUCCCGAGAGAUGCACUGGAAAGAUGAAAGCGAGCGGCUAUCAUGGGUCAAUCGCGAGACGGACGAUGUGGUGCGUAUGUUUAGAGAGAAGGACCGCCAGAAGAGGGAAGGAUAA